UUUAUGUUUCUCAUCCGCAUAUUACUCUUACUUGCUCCUUUUUGCCGCUUUCUUUCUUCUCUUUCCGUCAAUAUCUAUUUAUUUGGGGGAGGGGGCUACGCUCAUCAAGAUAUGUUGAAAUUAAUUGGAAUUUUUUUUACGUUACAAAACAUGAACCAAACGAUUUGUUCUGUUUCAGAAAACAACCUUUUUUGGUCGAUUAUAGUCAACCUACGCUGCUGAUAAUACUAGCUCCGGAAUUGUUAUGAUCCUGCAAGCUGCAUUAGCAAUAGCUGGGGCAUAAAUUCUAUCCUCGUGAUUUGGGGCUGCCCGACUCACAUAAUUCUGUUGAUUUUUCUUUAACCUGUUGAAGAGUUGGCUUCUCUUGUUAAGGACAAUUAUCCUUGCAAGCAUCUAAUUUUGUCAGUGGAAGAUCUGUUAGUCAAUUAUCUUCAGGAUGAUACAAGUUUAGAUGGAGUGCUCGAGCUGGAACCUAUGAAUUCAUAUAACCGCCUGCUUGUACACCGUCUUGCAGAAAUAUUUGGAUUUUUUCAUCACUCUGUUGGAGAAGGAGAAGACAGGCACUUAGUGUUGGAGAGAAGCCCAGAGACAUCAAUUCCAGGCAUCCUUGUGAGUGAUUUGUUGUUGCAGUAUGGUGAAAUGCAGACACCAAUGUCUUAUGAUGUAUUGAGGCGUAAGGAAGUUUUGCCAGGCCAGAAAGUUGAUCCUGUGUGCGGACCUUCUCUGGAUGAGAGAGAAACAGCUUAUUUUGCUGCAAGACAGAGAAUAUUUUCAGAAGAUGCAUGUGAUAGUAACCUGAUAAAGGAGAGACCAAAAAAAGAUCUUGUGGUUGCUCGCCGUAUGAUAACUCGUGCCCUUGGCCAAGCAGACAAGGGUGCAAAGCAUGAGCUCACUAAGGAAUGUGAAGAAUUGGUGGUAGAGGAUGUGAAGAUCAAGCACACUGAUAAGAGCGACAUCAUGUCUAGCAACAACAUAAAAACAAAUCCCCUCUCUGGGAAACACCCAAGGGCAUAUGCGAUCUCAAAAAUAGACAAAUCUGGUGAAUUUAAAGUGAAUGAUGGUUCAAGCAAAGAACCCCAGCAAAAGAACAACUCAAAAGGCGGGGACUCCUUGGAAGAGCUGAAGAGUAACUCACCAGACAACCAUUUAAGACAGGAGCAUAUGGGAGCUGCAAAGAGGUUGUUUGCUAAUGCCUUAAGAAUGCAACGAAGGGAUGUCAAUCUAUCAAACAAGGAAACUGGUUGCUGACCUCAGUAGUAUGAAGCACUAGAAAAUUAGUUGCUGGAAGAUUUGACAGGACAUUUGAUGGCAAACCGGCUUGAGGGCAGCUUCACGAUCCUUGGUCAUGGAAAAAGCAACGCAACCAUCAAAAGAAAACUGGUUGUUUGGUGGUAUUGUAUCACAGACUACAUUAUUGCAUGUUUAAGAGUUACUAUUUGGGUAGGUUUCUUCUAUCUUAACUGGUGGAAUCAGCAUGGGACUUUGUUGUACAGAAUAACAUGGCAUUGCUCUUGAUAUUGUUUUUCCUGAAUAUAGAUCGUAGUAUCAUGAUCUUAAA